AUGCGCCUUUUAAAACACAAUAGUCGUGGCGAAUUCAGUCUGACCAAGGACUUGGCGGGCGACGAGAUUCCUCGAUAUGCCAUACUUUCGCAUACGUGGGGAACAGACAGCGACGAGGUCAGCUUCAACGACCUGAUACACGGCUCCGGCAAAAGAAAGGCUGGCUACGCCAAGAUUCGGUUCUGCGGAGAACAAGCCAGCCGCGAUGGCUUGCAGUACUUUUGGGUCGAUACGUGCUGCAUCGACAAGUCGAACAACACGGAGCUCUCCGAGGCCAUCAACUCCAUGUUUCGUUGGUACCGUGACGCAGGUAAAUGCUAUGCAUAUCUCGCAGAUGUCUCGUCACGCAUCUUGGACAUCAACGACAAGCCUGGCCAGAUGACCUGGGAAACAUCUUUCCGAAAGAGCAGGUGGUUCACCCGCGGCUGGACCCUUCAGGAGCUGCUUGCGCCGACGUCGGUCGAAUUCUUUUCCAAAGAGGGCGAGCGACUCGGUAAUAAGAAGUCCCUGGAACGGCAUAUCGACGUCACGGAGCGACUCUCAUGGGCCGAGCAGCGAGAGACGGCACGCAGAGAAGACAAGGCAUGCUCGCUACUGGGAAUUUUCGACGUCUAUAUGCCGCUCAUAUUUGGUGAAGGGAUGGAGCGUGCGUUCAAAAGGCUUCGGGAGGAAAUUGACAAGAACUUGAAAGAAAUAGGCGAUAGACACAACGACUUUUCUGUCUCCUUUAGCCUGUCGGAUGUUUCGGAAAUUGAACACUUUGUGGCAAGGGACGAGGAACUCGCGGAAAUGCAUAGCAUCUUACGCGGCGACGGUAGCCGUCGCGUUGUUGUCCUUCACGGCCUGGGAGGGAUCGGCAAAACACAGCUCACGGUUGCAUACGCGAAGCGGCACAGGUACGACUACUCAGCCAUCUUCUGGCUCAACAUCAAGGGCCAAGAUUCUCUAAAACAGAGCUUUGUCAAGGUGGCCAAGCAAAUACUGCGCGAACACCCCUUGGCGAGCCGGUUGUGCAGUGUGGAUAUUGGGAAUAAUCUCGACGACAUCAUUGAUGCCGUCAAGGCGUGGUUGAGUCUCCGUGACAACACGCGAUGGUUGAUGAUAUACGACAACUAUGAUAACCCAAAACUGCCGGGCAACACGAACCCUGCAGCGGUCGAUAUCCAGAAAUUCCUCCCGGAGGCAUAUCAAGGAUCCGUCAUCAUCACCACCCGAUUGUCCCAAGUCAAGGUGGGCCAUCCUAUCCGAAUGCGUAAAAUCGAAAACGAGCGUGAUAGUCUCCAAAUCUUGUCAAAUGAAUCAAAGCGAGAAGACCUCAUACAUGUCAUAGAUGCCGAUGCUGUGAAACUCGUGCAAGAACUCGACGGACUUCCACUUGCACUGGCGACUGCUGGGGCAUACCUUGAUCAAACAGCAAUCAGUUGCGCGGAUUACCUUGGUCUUUACCACGCGUCAUGGACAAAACUGCAGAAAACAAGUCCUGAACUCAGCUCGUACGAGGCCCGAACGCUGUAUUCUACCUGGCAACUGUCGUACGACUACGUCAAACGACGCAACGAACUUUCUGCCAAGUUCCUCCACUUCUGGGCAUACUUUGACAAUGAAGAUGUUUGGUUCGAGCUCCUCCAACACUGUGACGACGAUGAUCCAGAGUGGAUACGCAAGCUGACCGAGGACUCGCUUACCUUUCAUGAAGCGGUUCGCGUACUGAGCGACCACGGCCUGACAGAGGAACUGGGCAGACUCUACGCGGAUCAGUACAAGUUGGACGAGGCCGAGAAGAUGUUCCAGCUGGCGCUGCAAAGAAGAGAGAAAGCAUUGGGUCCAAACCAUGCAUCAACACUCAGUACGGUUAUGAGGUUAGGCGUCACUUACGCCAGAGAGGGCAGGCGAGACGUGGCCGAGAUGAUGUACCAGCGUGCUCUCCAAGGAUGCGAAACGGCAUGCGGUCCGGACCACACAUUGACACUCGUCACGGCGGAACACUUGGCCGUUCUCUACAUGGACCAGGGCAAGCUGAACGAGGCCGAGGUCCUAUACCAGCGGGCGCUCGAGGGAAACGAGAAGACGUUGGGUCUAAACCAUGUGUCGACACUGAGCACGGUCGGCAGCUUGGCCAAUCUCUACUCGGACCAGGACAGGCUAGACGAGGCUGAGAAGUUAUACCAGCGGGCAUUGCAAGGCUUCGAAAAGGCAUGGGGCCCGAACCAUGCAAAAACGCUACAUACCGUCGGCAACUUAGGCGCCCUCUAUCUGAGCCAAGGCAAGCUAGUCGAGGCCGAGGACAUGUUGCAGCGUGCGCUGCGAGGAUGCGACAAGACGGCGGGUCUAGACUAUAUUGCAGCGCUGCACACGACCUUGAAUAUGGGUACUCUGUACGACCAGCAGGGCAGACUGGGCGUGGCCGAGGACAUGUUCCGGCGGGUACUGCAAGGGUUCGAGAGGGCACUCGGCCCCGAGGCCGUGGCAAGAUACCGACCAGCGCUCGAGGCGACUUGCAACCUCGGCCGUGUCCUAGCCGCCCAGGGGCGCUUGAACGAAGCUCAUGACAUGUACUUGCGAGCACGCACUAGCUUUGAGACGCUCCUGGGCCCAUCGAGCGAGGAAUGUCGACGGCUUGAACGUCGCAUUGCGUCUCUAGGCACACCAGGAGAAACGCCAGACGAGGCUGCAGACGAGGCAGAGCAGGCGAAGGCGAAGAAGGCAGAGCAGGCGAAGCUGAAGACGGUGUCUGGGGAGCGUAGCAUCAUCAGGAAUCGCUGGAACCUCAACCUAGAGGCGGCCCUCGUGUUCCGGGCCCGGCAACAGACGGCGGCGCGCAUCUUCCUCUCCGAGCAUAAGUGGAGGGACGGCACGCCGACGGAGGAGGAGGCGGUGCUGAUGCUAGGCCAGGGCGACGACAGCGCGACUCCGGUGCCGGCCGUCUUCCUCUUCGUGCCCGGCAUGCCGGUCGUCGUGAACCAGAACACGCACCAGGGGAUGAAGCUAGUGAACGGGGCCGGGUACACGGCGGUCGACGUCAUACCCAACCGGGCCUUCCCCAGCCACCGGGUCUCGGCGGAGCUGACAAUGCACUUCGGGCCGCCGGUCGGCAUGGUGCUGGCCUCGGAGACGACCAAGGAUUUCCACUUCGUGGGGAUGCCGUCCGGGACGAUCCUGCUAACGCCCAUCAGCGUCAAGAUCCAGGCCCAGCGGAAGCGGCCGUGGCAGCGGAACGACGUUAGCCGGGGCCUGCCGUGCGCCGCGGCCUUCGCCUGCACCGACUACAAGGUGCAGGGCGGGACGCUGGAGCUCCGGGGGGCGAGGACGACGACCGUCUACGGGCGCGCGGUACCGUCGCCGUGCGACCCGUAUAGCCUAUACGUGCAGCUAUCGCGGUGCCCGACGCUCGACGGCAUCAUGCUCGUGUCGGAGGUGCGGGAGAGGGACCUGGUAGGGAACAGGGUGCCCGAGGAGAUGACGGCGGCGCAGGCACGGCUAGAGAGGCUCAGUGAGAGGACCGUCGGGAGGCGCUACGCUGGCUCGGCGAUGACCUCCGGGGCCGCGGGAGGGACAAGACGAGACUGGGGGGGGAUAAAUAGAUAG